GACGGUUCAACCUGAACAGGUGCGUUGAAAACUCGAACGUGAUUGGCUGCUGCCCCUCUCGACCUUUACCGACGGCUGAUCACUGCUGCGACGGUUUCGCCUCAACGCUCCGCUCCACUCCGCUCCACUCAGUUCAAACCUCCACCGUCGUUUGUUUCCACCAUGAGGAGUCGAUCUGUGGCGAUCCCGCCAACAGCUUGAGCUCGACGCGCGGGAUUCGACGAGCUGCCGCCGCGUCGCUUCGUCCAGCGGGAGCGGCGCUUCCGGACCCGCGGCCGAGGCGGACGUUGAUUCGUGUGGACGUCCAGCACCGACGGCUGGCGGCCACCAUGUCAGGUCAAACGUUGCAGGGUCUGGACGAGGGGGACAUCCUCGACCCGGCCUUUCAGAUGCAUCUGGAGAGCGCUCGGUCCCUGCUGCGGCAGGAGAUCCAGCGCGAGCUGAAGAUCAAGGAAGCGGCGGAGCGCAUGCGACGAGCCGUCACCAACCGCAAGAGCGCCGCCGACGUGGACGAGCAGCUGAAGGCGUCGAGCCGGAAGCUGGACAAGCUGCACUGGGAGCUGCAGGAGCUCAACGCCAGGUCCAUGACCGCCGAGAAGGAGGCCACGUGUGCCGGCGGCUCGAAGGAAGGCGACAAGCAGUCGUCGGAGUCGCGUCACUGGGAGGACGCGACGUCGCCGCUGACCGGUCGCGUCCGGACCCUGAAGAAGCAGCUGACGAUGGAGACCAAGGUUAAACAGGGAGCGGAGAACAUGAUCCAGACCUACACCAACAGCUCCAUCAAGGACAGGAAGAUGCUGUCUGUGGCCCAGCAGAUGUUGCAGGACAGUCGCACCAAGAUCGAGCUGCUGCGGAUGCAGAUCAUCAAAGUCAGUCAGGUCCGACACAGAGAGUGGAGCCAGGCUGGCCAGCCUGUGGAGAUGAUCAGUCCCCUGGAGCUGCGAGUGGCUGAACUCAUGCACCACAUGAAGAUCGAGUCGGCCGUGGCCGAAGGCGCUAAGAACGUGGUGAAGCAGCUGAGUCGGUCCAACGUCCAGGACCGACGCAUCCUGGCAGAGGCCCAGGCCCGGAUGCAGGAGUCCACCCUGAAGGUGAACCUGCUGCGCCUCUCGCUGGAGAGGCGUCUGAACGAGCUCCCUCAGGACCACGCCAAGCGGGCGCCCAUCAGAGAGGCCCUGACGGCGGCCGCCUCCCCCGCGUACGGCACGCCGAGGAAGAGGGCGGGCGCGGCGGCCGCCUGCCCCGCCUCCUUCUUCAAGCCGGCCAGUCUGACAGGGCGCCUGGAGGUGUGUUUGAUGGGCUGCCAGGACCUGCUGGAGGCACCCCCCGGCGCCGCGCCCGCCGCGUCGGCCCGGACGGGGAGCCUCUCGGAGGCCAAGUCCCUGAGGGCGCGGGCCGGGCUGUCGGGACGCAGCGGCAGCAGCCGCACGGCCAGCGACCCGACCUCGGAGAUCCGAGCUGUGCUGAAGGUGGACAACAGGAUAGUGGGACACACGCACUGGAGACAGCUGGGCAAAGACGCCUGGGGCCAGAGCUUCAGCAUCGACCUGGAACGGUCCAGGGAGCUGGAAGUGGCCGUCUACUGGAGGGACUGGCGGACGCUGUGUGGAGUCAAGUUCCUGCGGCUGGAGGACUUUCUGGACAACCAGCACCAUGGCCUGUGUCUGCAGCUGGAGCCUCAGGGCAUCCUGUUCAUCGAGGUCACGUUCAUCAAUCCUGUCAUCGAGCGCUGCUCCAAACUGCAGAGGCAACGGAGAAUUUUCCCUAAAGAAAAAGGGAAGGACUUUCUGCGUGCGGCUCAGAUGAACAUAAACUUUGCCACUUGGGGCCGUUUGAUGAUGAGCAUCCUGCCUCCGUGCAGCUCCCUGGAGCCCAUGAGCCCUCCAUUAGGCCCCGGCGCUGAACCCACACCCUGCAUCACUUCACCAGCACAUGAAUCUGUUGUAACGAGUCUGGAUUUUUCAAAAGAAGAAUCUCCACAUCGCAUCAGAAGAGAAGACUCUCCACGGAUUCCUAAUGAAACCAGGAGCCCGGCGCCGUGGAGACAGCCCUCGGUCCAGCUGAGGCCGCACAAAGUGUUAAAGAUGGAGGACUUCAACUGUAUCUCGGUCCUUGGUAGAGGUCACUUUGGAAAGGUGCUGUUGGCAGAGCACAAGAAGUCGAGCCAGCUCUUUGCCAUCAAAGCCCUGAAAAAAGGAGACAUCGUGACCCGUGAUGAAGUGGACAGCCUCAUGUGUGAGAAGAGGAUCUUCGAGGUGAUCAACGCCUCCCGCCACCCGUUCCUGGUCAACCUGCACGGCUGCUUCCAGACGGCAGACCACGUGUGCUUCGUGAUGGCCUACUCCCCGGGAGGGGACCUCAUGACGCACAUCCACACCAGCAUCUUCACUGAGAAACAGGCCAGGUUUUAUUCCUCGUGCGUGCUGCUGGGUCUGGAGUUUCUCCACCAGAACCGGAUCGUGUACAGGGAUCUGAAGUUGGAUAAUUUACUGAUGGAUGCAGACGGCUUUGUCAGAAUAGCAGACUUCGGUCUGUGUAAAGAAGGCAUGGGCCACGGGGAUCGCACCUCCACGUUCUGUGGCACGCCCGAGUUUCUGGCUCCAGAGGUUCUGACCGAUAGUAACUACACCCGCAGUGUGGACUGGUGGGGUUUGGGGGUCCUCAUCUACGAAAUGUUGGUGGGCGAGUCCCCCUUCCCUGGUGACGAUGAGGAGGAGGUGUUUGACAGCAUUGUCAACGACGAGGUGCACUACCCUCGCUUCCUGUCUCCUGAGUCUGUGCUCCUGGUUCAGAAGCUGCUGCAGAAAAAUCCUGAGAUGAGACUCGGCGCAGGAAGAGAAGAUGCUUCCGAGAUCAAAAGACACAAGUUCUUCCAGGGGACGGACUGGGACGCUCUGCUGGCCAAGAAGGUGAAGCCGCCGUUCCUGCCGGUCAUCAGGGCUCCUCAGGACGUCAGCAACUUCGACAGAGAGUUCACCCACCUCCAGCCAGUCCUCACCCUCCCACGAACGCCCUGUGUCCUCACCGCAGAGCAGCAGGACAUCUUCUCCGACUUCGACUUCUCCAUCAUAAGUUGACGGAGGGAACGCGCGAUGGUUCGGACCUGCUUCAAACUCUCCUCCUGUCCAUCCAGGCUUCAUCAAGCAACAGGCCACACUGUAAAUAUUAUUUUUAGUGAAUAAAUCUUUGUCAACUAUUAUAUAGUUACUUGAAUGGAUGUUUGAUUGAACACCUUCAAAAGUUUUAAUAAUAAUGUGUCACCUAGAGGUAAUGACCAGUGUGUAUGUCCUGAAGUGAAGUAAAGAUUAAUUAAUAAAUGUGUAUCUGCUGGACACUAA